AUGCACAGUCUCCGCCCUCGUUAUGUGAUUGACAGGCCGGCGUUUAACCUCCCAGACUUUGACCAAGAGUUUGACAAGAAGAGCCGACAGUUCCCCGUCGGAGAGAAGGUGAAGAAGCUCUUCAGAUGCUCGGCUCUCAGACUGCAGGCUCUGCUCUUCAGACUCCUGCCUAUUCUCCGCUGGCUCCCAAAAUACAAACCGAGAGAGAGUCUUCUGCGGGAUGUGGUCAGCGGGAUCAGCGCCGGCACCAUCCAGGUCCCUCAAGGCAUGGCCUUCGCCCUCCUGGCUAACCUCCCUCCUGUGAACGGCCUCUACUCCUCCUUCUUCCCCCUCAUCCCGUACUUCUUCAUGGGCACGGUUCACCAGAUGGUCCCCGGAACGUUUGCUGUGCUCAGCAUCAUGGUGGGCAUGGUGUGUCUGCAUCUGGCUCCAGAGUCAGACUUCAGUCACUUCAACGAGACCCUGAACGCUACAGUGGUCGACACGGAGCAGAUGAACGAAGUCCGUCUGGGAAUAUCUGGAACCCUGGCCUGCCUCACUGCUGUCAUACAGAUCGGCCUGGGCUUCAUGCAGUUUGGGUUUGUCGCCAUUUAUCUGUCCGAGUCGUUCAUCCGAGGCUUCAUGACGGCUGCAGGCCUUCAGAUCCUCAUCUCUGUUCUCAAAUACAUCUUCGGCAUCAAAGUGCCGCCCUACAGUGGUCCGCUGGCCGCUAUUUAUACUCUGGUGGAUAUCUUCCGGGGUCUUCCUGAAACUAAUGUGGCCUCGUUGGUGUUUGCGUUGGUCAGCAGCGUCGUGCUGAUAGUGGUGAAGGAGCUGAACGCUCGAUACCGCCACAAACUGCCCUUCCCCUUCCCCAUGGAGAUCAUUAUUGUGGUCGUUGCCACGGCGAUCUCCGGCCCUCUGCAUCUUCCUGAGAAAUAUCACAUGGAUGUAGUGGGAGAAAUCCCUCUGGGGUUCCCAGCCCCCAUCCUCCCUAAAGUGGGUCAGUGGGAGGAGAUGCUGGGCACGGCCUUCUCUCUCGCUGUGGUCGGGUACGUCAUUAAUCUCGCCAUGGGACGCACUCUGGCUGCAAAGCACGGAUAUGACGUGGACCCCAACCAGGAGAUGCUGGCUCUGGGCUGCAGUAACUUCCUGGGCUCCUUCUUUAAGAUCCAUGUGAUCUGCUGCGCUCUCUCUGUGACGCUGGCUGUGGACAGUGCAGGGGGAACAUCACAGUUUGCCAGUCUGUGUGUGAUGCUGGUUGUCAUGGUGACCAUGCUCUCACUGGGAGCCUUCCUGAAGCCUCUUCCCAAGUCGGUGCUCGGAGCUCUAAUAGCAGUGAAUCUGAAGAACACUCUGCUGCAGCUUUCUGAUCCGUACUACUUGUGGAAGAAGAGCAGACUGGACUGUUGUGUGUGGGUCGUGUCGUUCUUGGCAACUUUUUUCCUCAGCCUGCCGUACGGAGUGGCUGUCGGGGUGGGCUUCUCCAUCCUGGUGGUCAUAUUCAAGACCCAGUUUCGUAAUGGUUCUGCAGUCGCUCAGAUUAUGGAUACAGACAUCUACAAAAACCCUAAAGUGUACAGUAAGGUCAUUUCAAUAACAGGUGUGAAAAUAGUGAAUUAUUGCUCCCCACUCUACUUUGCAAAUGCCGAAAUUUUUCGUCAGAGGGUCAUUAAAAAGACCGGACUGGAUCCUGGAAAACUGAUCCUGGCCAGGAGGAAGUUCUUGGAGAAAGAGGAGAAGGGGAAAGAGAAAGAGGAGAGGAAGGAGGCGAGGAAGAGGAAAUCCAGCUCUCUGGUGACCAUGAAGUCUCAGAUCAUCUCUCAGCUGGAGAUGCAGGAUGACUUUGAUACGAGCAGCCCCCGCACCAGCUACGUUAACUUCCACUCUGGUGACGCCAAUGUGGGGGAGCAGGAUCCCCCCCCCCCCACCCUGGAGCUGAAGCCCACCCCCUUCCACACACUGAUCCUGGACCUGCCAGGCGUCUGCUUCAUGGACCUGACGGGCAUCAACACGCUGAUAAAGAUGAACUCCAGCUACACGACGCUGGGCAUUAAACUGUACCUGGCUAACGUUCAAGCUCAGGUGUAUGAGGAGCUGGAGACCGGAGGAGCGUUUGAUGACGGGAAUAUUUCCCGCAGUAAUCUCUUCCUCUCCGUCCACGAUGCCGUUGUGUUUGCUCAGCAGAGCUCAGCAGAGAGGAGGGUCUCCCUGGAGGAACUCUCCUCUAACAUUAAUGUGGAGAAGGAUCUGGAGCAGGAAAUGUUUGAGCUGCAGUGAAGAUGAGCAGAAGAAGAUAGCAAACAUGUUUUUAAUGUCACUUUGAUAAAUAAAAAAUUGUU